GCAGUGGGAUCUAAACAAGCAUCAAGAACCGCCGCUCUCCCUCCAGCAGGACGCAGGAGAAUGUUCCGAGGUUUAGACAGACAGUGAGACAGCCAUACAGACAGAAAAACAGACAGACAUGGGUCGCUACACGGGUAAGACCUGCCGCCUGAUCUUCAUGCUGGUGAUCACCGUGGUGUUCUUCGUGGCGGAGAUCGUGGCGGGCUACGCGGGGAACUCCAUCGCGCUGGUCUCGGACUCCUUCAACAUGCUGUCCGACAUGGUGUCGCUGUGCGUGGGCUUGAUGUCCGCCCGCCUGUCGCGCCGCAGCGGCUCGGAGCGCUGCUCCUACGGCCUGGGCCGGGUGGAGGUGGUGGGCGCGCUCUCCAACGCCGUGUUCCUGACCGCCCUCCUCUUCUCCAUCUCCGCCGAGGCCGUCAAGCGCCUCAGCCGGCCCGAGCCCAUCGACGACCCGUUACUGGUGCUGGUGGUCGGCUCGCUGGGGCUGGCGGUCAACGUGGUGGGGCUCGUCAUCUUCCAGGACUGCCGGUGGCUGUGCGGGAAAAACCGGCGGGGCGCGGGAGACAAGACCGAAGAGAAACCGGUCAUGAACGGCGAAGCAGGGCCCCUCGCCCAUGAGGCUGAUUCACCGCAGAAAGAUAAGAACCAAAGUGAAGGACAACCACUAAACAUACGAGGAGUUUUACUCCACGUGCUGAACGAUGCGCUGGGCUCCGUGGUGGUGGUGGUGGCCUCUGUACUGUUUUAUGUGUGGCCCCUACCCCCCGACGCCCCCUGCAACUGGCAGUGCUAUGUGGACCCCAGCCUGACGCUGGUGAUGGUGGUCAUCAUCCUGGCGUCGGCCAUUCCUCUGAUGAAGGAAACCACUACAACUCUGCUGCAGAUGACCCCACCGGACAUGACUGUUUCCACCAUAUUGGAGAAGGUACGCCGGUUGCCCGCAGUGCUCAGCGUCCACGAAGCUCACGUGUGGGAGUUAGUCAAGGACCGCAAUGUAGCCACCUUGCACGUCAAAGUGAACUCAGAAUUCAACAAGUUUGAACUCAAGAGCCUCCAAUCCCAGAUCAGGGAGGUCUUCCACAAUGCUGGCGUUCACAGCGUCACAAUCCAGGUGGAGAUCAGCGACGGUGAACUGGACAGCAGCCAGUGUAGCAACCCCUGCAUGUCCAGCGACUGUCUCAAACUGUCCUGCUGCCCCACUGAGCCUACAUUAGCGUCAGACAGCAGGGUGGACCAGUCCAGCAUCCCCUUGGGAGAAGUGUCAAUAGACUUGGGCGAUGGUAAUACAAAUCUGCUUCGGGAACGAGACACUAAACACAUAAAAGUCACAGGGAAAGUCACAGAAACCACCAAGUUUUAAACCUCGAGGGCUGGCUUCUCAGGUCAGGGCGUGGUCUAUUCCUUGACUCAAAGAGUUUUGAGUUCCUAUUUUUUUUUCUUUUUCUUUUAGCCAAAGAAUAUGGCUGCCGUCACUCUGAGAAGCUGGCCCUGAAUGCUUCAGACUGAAGCAAAAACAAAGCAAAAGAGCAAGAGACAAAAACAGGCACCUCAGGGAGAGUUAUAGAUAGUUAUAGACCUUCCACUAAUGAGUGCAAUGUUCAAACUACUACUGUAUUUAUUAACCUGCUGCGCUUGUACUCAGACAGACUGAUAGAGAGAUCGAGUAGUUAGGCUUUACAAAUCAAUUACAAUCCGUUUCCUGCUGCACUCGUUGAAAGCUGUAAGCAAGGCGAACAGUGCUGGAAACCAACUGCUGAUAGAAACUAGUGAGAUUCUUCUUAUUCAUCAUUUAUUUCUAAUUUUAUACUGUUAUAUACACUUUCAUGUUAUUUUUUCUACAAAUGAUAGCAGCAGAACAGCUUCAGUGAAAAGUGCUAUUGUUGAAGAUUAAGUGUAAUGUUAGAACUGGGUGGUGUAGCAUAGUGGAUAACAAGACUACCUACUGUCCCUGUGCUAGAGAGUAGGGUUUUAUUCCCUGGCAAUUCCACUCAAACCUACCAUGCAUGCUACACACUAAGAAAAGCAAGUACAGAUUUGUACUUAAAAGAGUACAAAGCUUGUCGCUGGGGCUGUACCUUAUAUUGAGGUACAAAAAAGUACCUUUCAGUGAAAGUCCUUUUUUGUACCCCUGUUUUUUUGUGCCAGUAAAGAUUAUAAAGAUUAUAAUCAUCAUCAUCAACUGAAUAUGUAUCAAGAACCUGAUGAUCCAAAAUUGUGUGGCUUUCAAAUGAAAAAUGUAUAAGUAAAAUAUAGAUUGUUUAUUAGAACAGUGAUACAGAAUACAGAAUGUACCUUUUAGCUGGAUAAAUGGUACAAAUCUGUACUUACUGCUGUUAGAAAAGACUUUGUACUUCAAAGGGAACACAAUUGACCCUGUAAAGACCAAUAUUGUACCAUUGAGGAUACAAUUAUAAAGAGUGUACCUUUGAGUACAAAAAAGUACUUAUAUAUCGUACCUCUGUUUUUUAAGAGUGUAAUCCACUUAGUGUCUUUAGUCCGUGUUUUUCUUCACAAUCGUAUGAGCAGGCAGACUUUCUGUGGUUUAAUUUGCUAAUUUGUCAUCUACACUCCCGACUAAUCACGGCUUCCCUGUGCGCUACAUGGCAAGCGAAGGGCCUGUUCAAUGACUUCAGUUGUUCGCUUUCCCAAUUAUGCAAUUAUGCUACAUUGUUUGUUGAAGCUAUUUGAACGCCGGCCUUUGUAAGUAAUAUGCUUAGGUAUUAAUGCUAUGUCCAUUUUUCACUUUUUUAAUGCAUCAACUAAAAUAACUCACUGUUUACUUGCUGCCUAAUAUUAGAUCCAAAUUUUUGUGCUUUUCCCAAAGUGCUGCUUAGUGGUGUGUUGGCAAAACCUACCAAAAUCCAAUCUUCUUUAUCAUAGGGUGGUAUGAACAGCAAAAAGCACACUAAAUCUAACGUUUUCCAUAAAGAAAAGCAAGAAAAUGGAAGACAGCAGCGAGUGAGGGUUUCAGUGGUGUAAUAGAAGGAAACAGACAUCAUAAAUAUUUGAUAUCUUUGUACAAACUGAAUUAGAAAGCUUGUCAGUGUUUCCAAAGAAAUUUCGAAAGAAUUGGCCAAUUACAGCCACAAGAGGGCGUGGCUGCCAUAUCAAAGGAUAAUGGCAUAAACGCAAACAGAAGAAGUGGCCCAAUAAAGUGCCUGUUUUACAGUGGAUUAUCGCAAAAAAAGCCCAGCUCUCAGCCGCUGCAUCAGAUUAGGAGCAUGUACUGUGCAGACAGAUGUCAGAUACAGGUGUGAACAACCUUAAAACACCUGUUGAGGAUUUGGGAUUUUGCCUGAUUUACUGGUUGACCUCUUUUGAAGCAUUUUUGGUAGGUACUGACCACUGCAUACAAGGGACAUCAACAUCAAUAUUUCUAUUUCUAUUGAUUUAGAGCGUUUCUGUGUGUCUUUGCUAUCGUAACGAUGGGAAAAGUACACCUAAACUAAUCAACAUUUCCCUUUAAGAGCCAGGUGCACUAUGAAUGACUUUGGCAGAUUGGUAUUUUAACGGCGCAGCACUUCUUAAAAGUGAAAACUGACAUGUGCUUUGUUCACACUGCCUUGCCAAGAUAGCAACGUCUGACUGUUGAAUGUAUGUCUAGGUUUUGUUCAGUCAGUGGCGCAGCUGUGUUUUUUGUUGCCAAGAUAGCAAUACAUCAGAAAUUUACCCAAACUAUUUUCACGAACACUGUUAUUAGUUAAAUGGCUUGAAAAUUGACUGUUCGCAAGGUGUAAUGUAGCAUGUGCAGGGUGUCAAAUAGGAUCCUAUCAGUAUCAGUAACUGAUUGUUCACUUACUGCCUGCCAUAUUCCACCUCAUGACUGGUGAAAUCAAUAGUUAUUCCCGUUAAUUCUCCCCAUUCAAUUUAGCUGAGCCAAUUAACCCACCCACUCACUUACUAGGAUGCUCCGUGAAGAGGGAAAGAGCGCCACCUACCCACCCACAAAGAGCACUGCUAAUUGUGCAUGGCUAUUUGUGUUAUCUGAGGGUAGAUAUGAAGCAAUUCUGAUUCUACUAGACUUUUCACUGAAGCUGUUUUGCAGUUUGAUACAAAUACAAAAAAAGACUGUUUAACAGAAACCUUUGCUGUAGCCUAAGUUUCUAUAAGCUGCUGAUAAAAUGUCUUUCCACACCCCAGCUCAACUUCUCAGCCAGAAAAGUUGAUGUUUGAAGGCCUCAUAAUGAAUUCCCUCAGAAGUGAACAUGUACAUAGUCUGCAUACUUUAUGUAGUGAAUGCAGCCUUGUUCCACUGCCAUCCGUAGCUGUUAGUACUGCUGAUUCACUGCUAAAAAAACAGAAUGUAGCAGUUUUAGCAAUUCCUAAAAAGAAAUUAUAACACUUUCUGGGAAUUCUAUGAGACUUAAUAUUAGACUUAAUAAUCAAAUUCAACACAUAACACAUUAUAAUAAUGCAUUCAUAAGGCAUUAUAAACAUGGUUAUACUGGUUAUAUUUCUGAGAAUGAAUAUCACAUUAUAACCACGUUAACUAUGCACUAUGAACUGGAAUUAAUGUAAUAAUUUAUCAUAAACUGUACUUGUUAAAAUAUGUUACAAAUGUAAAAAUAUUAAAUAAAAUAUUAUAGAUUUGUCACUAUUAAUAGUACAUUCUAAUGAUCUGUCAUUUUACUUAGAGUGUACAGUGACACAUAUAAUAUAAUACAUUUUAAAUUAAUACAAACAAUUAUAAUAUUUAAUAUAAGUACAAUUCAUGAGUGGUUAAAAGUAAUUAUAGCAUGCUUUGUUGAGGUUCGUGGUAUUGAUAUAUGUCAUCUUAUAAACAUCUUAUAAAGUGAUAAUGCAUUAUGAUCACAAUCCAUAAUGCAUAAUAAACCUUUUUUAUAAUAAACUAUUUUUAUAGGCUCUAUGAAUGCAUUAUAUCGUGUUAUAAAUAUGUUUAUAGAGUCUAAUAGACAUGACAUUAAUAGAAAGUGUUACCAAAGAAACUGUCCCUAUGUUUCCUCUCCUUCAGUCUUCAGUACUGCCUCUCUGCUAGCCUCUCUGGUAGCUACAUGGCUAGCCACAAUCAAACGGGAUCACAACUUCCAAUGGUUCUCCAGCUGCUGUAUGAAAAGACACAGGCUGACUUUCCCCGAUAGUGCCUACUACUGUUAUACUACCAUUAUUGUGUCUUGUUUAUUUUUUGUCUUUAAAUGUUAAAAUGGAAAAUUCUUUGAAAUUGUAUUUAAGCUAAAACCAAUGUAACGUUGUAUUUGUAUUCUGAUGAUCGAUCUUUGGACCAGGAUUAAGUACGGUGUACAAUCAUUAGCACUUGAAGGUUGUGCUUGUGACGUUAGAAUGUACUGUAAAUAAUAUUAAAGUGUGUGUUGUUUGUGUAGCAUUGUA